AUGCCAGUGUCCGUUUCCAACCCGCCACGCCAGUGCCGUGGCCUCCACGGGGACAGAGGUGUGCCACUGACCGGCUUGGUGCUCAGCGCGCAUCCACGCGCGCCGCGCCGCGCCCCGGCACAGGCAGCCGGCCGAGCUCCUCUCCAGGCGGAAGCGCCGCUGGGGCAGCAGAUGAGGAACCCGGCCAAGCGCUCGAUGAAUAUUCAUGAAAAGAAUGCGCCCGCUGGGGAGGGCUUGCAAAACGCAGCGCCCCAGGACACCCACGGGAGGGACGCGGCCACGUCCACGCUGGGCUCGCGUCUGCUCGGAACGCGCUUCUCCAGCAUCCCGGAGCGCGGACCACAGAAACGCCCGGGUCAGCACGCAGAGCCCUGCCUUGGGGCUCAGUGCACUGAAAAUAGGGUUUUGCGUUCGAUACGUGCCCCUCCCGCCCAAACCUCCCGCAGCACCUCGCCGCCUCGCCCCGCCCACCCCGCACGCGGCCGAAGCCGCCCCCUCCGAGGCGGGCGAAGCCCCGGCACCCCGCAUCCCGCGGUGCGCGGAGCCCCACACCCCCAGAGACCCACGCCCGCCUCCGACUCCUCCAGCGCGCGGCUCCGGGGGACCCGGGGCUCCGGGCGGGGCGGGGACCCCCAGGCCCCCGAGGCCCGGCGGCCGCAGCAGGGCCCGGGCGCGCCUCCUUACCGGCUCCGGGUGCCUGUGCCGCCCCUGCGUAAGCGCGGUGUCGCCGAGGGGCCCGGGUCGCUGGCGUCGUCCGGCCGGGUACCUGGGCGCGGGCGGAGGCGCUCUCGGCUCGACGGCGGAGCCCGCAGCGAGGAGCGAGUUGGAGCGCUGCCGCCGCCGCCGUCGCCGCUGUCGCUACUGCCGCCGCCGCUGCAGCCUCUGCAUUUCUCGCGCGCUCCCCCUCCCCUUCCUGCCCAGCGCCCUCCCCCGGCGCGAGCGCCCGCCCCGCCCGGCGCGGACCCCGCCCGCCCGGCGCUCUCCCCUCCCCUCCCCUGCCCUGCCCUGCGCUCCCUCCCCUCUCCUCCACUGCGCCCGCCUCCCCCCUCCCCUCCCCUCCUCCACCCUCCCCCGCACCUCCCCAGCUCUCCGCGCCCCCCAUCGGGGUCCCCUCCCCCACAGCUCCCCGCUAUUCCCGCUUCCCCAGCUCGCUCCGAUCUCGCUCGGUGCGCAGCUCCCCACCCGCUGCCCCCCAUUCUGGUCCCUCCCCUCCCCUCCAGCCCCAUCUACGUUUCCCACACCCCUCCCGCCUCGCCCUCUUUUCCUCCCUCUCUCCCGCUCUCCCGUCUAUUUGCGAUGGUUGGGUGAGAAGCACUCGGCUGUGCCUCAGACCUCGGGGGCUGCUGCUGAACGGCGCCCCCGCCGCAGCCUCCCUGCUCCGCACCCCGGUCCCGCCGGCUCGGACGGCCGUGGCGGGAGUGAGGUUGGGGUGACCCAGAGGCUCCCCUCUGCCCACCGGACAGACCCGGAGGGUUGAGGGCGCCCCGGCGACAGGCGGCUCCGGCCGACGGGGCGCACGGCGUCGCCCCCGGGGAUGCUCGCGGGACUCGGGAGAGGACGGAGGAGGAGAAGCGCCCGCGGAGAGGGGCCGUCGACCUCGGCUGUCCGAGCUUUCCUGAAGGCCGGCGGAUCUCGGAAGACCGGGCCGCCGCGGAGCCAAAACCGGGGCCAGGCGCGCAUGGCCCGGGCGUCCCGCGGAGGCUCUGUGUGUCCGUCCCACCGGGACAGAAAACCGCCACCAGGGCUGGGAGACGUGUUCGCCCUGCUUACCUGUUGGCAAGAGGGAAAUGCAAAAAAAAAAUUUAAUAAAAAAUAAUAAUAACAGCGUCACAUCGUUUAAAGAUAGCUCUUUCACGAGACAAAAGCCAAUUUUUCCUUCCCGCAAAGCCCUGCUGAAUCUUUGGAACUUUUAUUUGCGGCAUGCUGGCGCCCUCUGGCUGCGUUUGGAUUGCUGACUAGUCCUUCUCGCCUGUUCCAUCCCCGCGAGGAAAAAUCUAGCUAAGGUGGAAGCUGCCCUCCUGACCUGAGAGUGAAUUCCAGACAGGCUUGGCAUCCAGCAUCAGGGCGACACAAUGUAACAAUGCUUAGGCGGACAGAUGCCCGAGGUGCGGGCAUCACUCAGAGGCGGACAAUGAGACUAAGAUGCAACAAAGAAGCUCAGACACCCGCUUUGCAGUCAGCAAUGGAAACUGCGGAAGAUGCAGUGCCAGCCACAGGAUGCACUUGCUUAGGAAUAUUUAUUGGACAAUUAGUGCUAAUGUCCUGAUGCCACCAUGGUGCCUCUGUGGCCUCCAUUAUUCAGGAAAUACUGACUGCCAAAUAUAGCCCACAAGCAAUUACUUAACCCAAGGAAAAUUUGCUUUGGUACACAAGUGCUUUUGGAUUACAAGCAUGUUUCCAGAAUGAAUUAUGCUUACAAACCAGGCAUCCGAUGGUAUUUAAGUAAACUUGCAACAAGACCUAGAGGAGACUGAUGAGAAAGACAUUGGGAGAAAGAGAUGGUGCAGAAACUAAUGAUGUCAGCAUGAAAUGAACAUCCUCAGAGCUACUGGAAAAGAGAAUAUGCUCAUAGGAUAAGACCAAGGAGAUCUAAAGCAAGCAGCACAGAGCAAGAGAGAUUUCUUAGGGAUUCAACUGUAUCAGCAAUCUGUAGAUUUCAGUGGAAGAUUAGAACAUAACACGCACGACAUCCUAGAAAGUGAAACAAAAAUUUCAAAAAAUAGAAAACAGAAGAAAAACGAAAAGGCUCUCAAACCAGGAGAGUUCUCAACAGUUCUGAAAUUCCAGAAAGAAUAAAAGGGAAAGAAUUAUCAGAGACGGUAGAGAAUUUUCUCCAGAACUGCGGACCGUAAGUCUCCAAACUAAAAAAGCACAGUGAAUGAAAACAUCACGAGAAAGCACAGAAAUGUCAGAGUUCAGAGAUACAGAGAAGACGCUGCAGACGUCUGAGGAGGAAAUGAACAGAUGGGGGCAGGAAUCCACACAGCAAAACUAGAAAUACAAACGUCAGGCUUCCCAGUUAUCGAAGAAAGAUUAUUCUCAGUCUAGUGUUUCACACCCAGUUGACCUAUGCAUCAGAGAAAAGCACAGAGUAGACAUUUUCAGACUUUUGUUAAGCAGUCUUUUAUGAGAGUCAAGAUUAAAAGAGGAGACAUGGAACCCGACCUAAAGGGGUCAUGGGGAGCCCCUGUGGAACAUCAAGGUCACAGGCCAGACAGCUGCAGAUGAGAGAACGCAGCCCAUGCGACGAAGGACGCCCUGCAUGUCAGUUUCCAUUGCUGUGACAAAGUGCCUGAGAUAAUGAACUCAAGAACCAGGAAAGAUUCAUGCUGUCUCACGGUUUCUGAGGCUUCAGUCCAUUGUCACUUGGCCUGGUUACCACGGGCCUGCCGUAAAGCACGGCGUGGUGACCACACCUGACCUAUGGGAGUAGAACAGAGAAAGGAGCAGGGUCCCAAAGUCCCCUUCAAGGACACGCCCCUGUGACAGCAUCUCUUCCCCGUGGCCCUGGACACUUCGCUCCCCAAGAGUCCUACCGGUUGCUGAGCAAGCCUUUCACACACAGGACCCUGGGGGAUACUCCACAUCCAAACUACAGCACAUUGUCAACAAAACCUGAACCAAAGGAUUUUAUGACACCUUGGAAAACACAAUUUACAGUCACUUGGAAAACAGCAGGAAUGAUCAUUUCAGAGAACAAAUGUUACAACUUUCUGUUGUGUGUUUGAUUAGCAGAAUAGCUUUUGGCCAUGCCUUGCAGAGCGUUCUAAUUUUUUGUUUCACUGACUAUAGGUAGAAUCAAAGGAGGUCUUGCCAAUGUAACAAGCUUUGGAGGCUGCAGAAUGCUGGGCUGCGGGUUCUGCUGGAGGGAAAUGACUUAGUUACGGAACGAGGAAUUCCGUGAAUAUUUACCACAGUGCUAGCACGGGGCACCAAUGAGAUACGUGAGAUUAAUCAAUUAACCUUUGAAUCAAAACAAUGGAGCAAAUUUGAGAAUUACUGCAAAUGUUCAAGGCAUAAGAGGGGGCAGCUGCUUUAAUAAGGGAGGACAAUUUGUCACUCAUUAGACAGCUCACUAAGCCAUCAGCUGCACAGUAAUUAAGACCAGCUUUGUGUGCCUGUUACACCUUGUACAUUCCCACAUGACUCAAAAUAGAAUUGUACUGAACGCUCCACUUUCAGGAUCAUAGUGCAUAUACUUAGGAGCACUGUCUCCAUGCUCUUAGCCCAAAAGAAUACCAAAACCCAUGCUUUUCCAUUUUUAUGGGGUGUUCACAUUAAUUACAUGUUUAAGGCACAAAUACAAAAAUGAUAGCAUUUCUUCCUUCCCCUCCUCAAUCACUGGGGACUGAACCCAGACCCCUCAAACUAAGCUACAUCUCCAACAAUUUUAUGUUUUGAGAUAGAGUCUUGCUGAAUUGAGUCAAGCUUGAGUCAAGCUUGAGAUCCUCCUGCCUCAGCCUCCCAGAGUGCUGGUAUUACAGGCAUGCACCACCAGCCUAGCUGACAGCUGACAUUUCUAUGGUGCUCAUUCCAUCCCAGGGUCAUUCUAAGAAUGUUACCAAUAUUAUCUCACUUAAAACUCACUGAAAAUCCCUGUGAGUUGGCCCACAUAUUGUUCCUAUUUGACAGAUGCAGAAAUCAGUGUCACAGGAAGAUGCAUAACUUUUCCACCAUCGACUGGCAAAGCUGGAUUCCAACCCAGCAAUCCAUCUCCGAGCCAAACACUAACUGCUAGAAAAGGAAGAGCAGUGUAAUUGUAAAUACCUUCACGCCACGCAUAUUUCCUUCUGUGAUUUCAAACUUUCCAUCUAUACAGCUUCUGGACUUUUGCUCCAAAAUAUGUGAGUUGGAAAUAAACCAGCAAGUUUUCUGUUGCCUGACGGAGGCACACAAGUCUCCAGUUCUGGACACAACUCAGAAACCGUCGACUGCAGCACAGUGAAUAGAAUGCACAAAGUGACCGAGGCGGAUGACCCACUGACUCACCCCGGUGGGAAAUGCGCAGGACACAGCUCCGAGUGCUGGCGACUGCUAGUUUUCUGGAGCCGCCAUGAGGAAUCAUCACAAACCUGAUGGCUUAGAACAACAGAAAUUACUCUCUCCGGCUUCUGGAGCCUGGAAAUCAGAACUCCAGGGGUCAGCGGAGGGCUAGGGAAGAAGCCCUCCUCGCCUCUUGGGAGCCCUGGUAGCUGUCAGCAGCCCUAGUAACUGCUUCGUGGUUGUGGCCACCUCCUGCCACCCCAGCCUCCCCCUGCAUCGCCUCCUUGGGGUGUCUCUUCCCUGUCUGUCUUCUGUGUGGACAUUCGUCAUGAUGACCAGAGUAAUUUCCUCAUCUUACAUUCCUUUAUUAAUUAUAACAGCAACAAGGCAACACCCUGAUGUCCCAGGCUCAGUACGUAGACAUGACAUGGAGAGCCAGUUUCAGAGCCAUUCCCACAACCAGGAAACAGCACCGUAGCGUAAACACACAGCUAAUGCAAAAGUGAAAGGGGCCAAAUGAGAAAACUGAAAGACAGCAAACACGUGAACACACACACGCACAUACGUACACACGCAAGAGACUGCAAUGGUAGGUUUUUAAAAGGCACAGAAGAGGGGCUGGGGGUUUAGCUCAGCGGCAUAAGCGCCUGCCUUGCAAGCAGGCAGUCGUGAGUUCGAUCCCUGGUACCGAUAAAAACGAAAAAGGCAAAAAAAAAAAAAAAAAAAAAAAAAAAAGGCACAGAAGAAAAGCCUGGAAAUGCUGGAAACAUUCAACAUCGAUGGGGUAUUAAACUAUUGUAAAUAUUAGAAUAUUGUGGCCAGUGAGGGACACACAUAUGAAAAGGGAAUUAGCUUUGGAAAAACAUCAAUUAAAUAGCUGGAAAGUAACGCCCUUAAGGUCUUGCCGAGUGUGGAUCUGAGUAAGCACUGGAAAGGAAGAAGGGGGGCCGAGCCCCCCAGGCACAGCGCUCAAGAAAGGCAGAAGUGAGAUUCUCAGCCCCAGGCGGUGGUGCAGGGCUAAGACAUUGGCACUGACCGCAGGCGGGGCUGAGUGUGACAUUUUUCACAUUGCUAGAGCUAAGGGGACUGCGGGCCACUGUUGAAGGCCACGGGCUGGGCUAUGUGGCUCUUACAAAGUGAAGUCCAUACAACAUUACCAAUCCCUGAAUGGCCUCUGCCUCUCUGAGGCUCAUUCAAAGCCCGGUCAUGUGAAGAAAUUUAGCGAGUCUUGAGAGGCAGCAUUCCUGCACCCCGAAACAUGACUAUCUGGGAAGCCAUGGACGCCUUCUGGAGGUCCUGGACGUGAGGACACAAACCCUCAGUCUGGGGUGAUUCACAGGAAGAUUAACCGAGCUGACCCUCCAGGUCCUGCAGCUCCCCAGGUCUCCAAGGCCUAACCUCACAGACUCUGGCCACCAGAUGAGGCCAGCAGGGUUAGGGCUAGGGUUAAAGUUAGGGUUAGGGUUAGGGUCAGGGUUAGCAUUAGGGUUAGGAUUAGGGAGAGCCAAGUCUCUGGGUUAUCAUCUCGUACACACAGUGAUCCAUAGUUCUUGUUUCAAAGAAAUAUUUUAGUGAAUGCCAUCCCCACAUUCUGCCAGGGAGAGCAAAAUUUUGGAAGCAAAAUACUCAGGCCCUUCCUUGUUGCCCAUCCACUAGUGCCCGGGUUGUGUCAAAUUCUUUCAAAUUCUUUGGUAAAAUCCAAUGAAAUAGGCAUACUCAUUUGUCAGUGUGUUUGUAUAUACACACAUCUAUAAUCAUGUUUAUAUACAUGUAUAUAUAUAUAUUUAACACCAAAAAAUUUUCCUUUGAAAAAAUUUACCUUCUCAAAUGUGUGCCAUCCUUUGCAUCCAAUUUUUCUUUCUUUUAAAAACCAACAGAGAUAUAUAAUGGUCAUUUUUAUUAAUUUAGCUUCAAUACCAUUCCUUGGGAACGUUUUUAAAUAACUGCAUUUCUCAGUUGUCCACUGGAAGCUGUCUUUACUUUUUCACUCCUUUGCAAACUCUCCAGGCCUGGGAGCCCUGUUGAUGGCUUUGCAGAGUUUUAAGGAGCUGUGAAAACCUGGUGAAGCUGUUUUUCAGGGAAGAUAAAGCUUGCUCAGAUCCCAAGACUUGCUGGGCAGAGCUUCAGGACCAAGGAGGGGCCAGGACCUGCACCCCAAACCUAGCUGCACCCCCGGUUUGUGUGACGGCUGGCAUAGGCAGGGAAGAGGGGGGCUGAGCCAUUUGGGCACACUGAGACAGAGGGGGAGCCAGAGUGCAAAGCAUGGAGAAGUGAUCCUUCCCGGGUCACUCUCUUCUCCCAGAAGGCCUGUCAUGCCUUUACUGAACUAAUUCCUAUCCCUAUCUUGCUUUAAGUUUAAAUUUUAAUUAGCAUGUGUAUGACACAUAUCAGACACACCCGUCCUGGGGAGUCCAUGUGCCCACUCCUCAGCGAGUACUGGCUGGUUUUAUGUCCUCUGUGCCUUUUAUCCUAAUAAUAUUAUUUUUUUUAUCCUAAUAAUAUUAGUUUUAAGCUACGCUGUCAUGGUAUUUUCGGCAUCGGAGUUAUCUCAUGCUAGCAGCCACAGUGUCCAGGCCCUUGCGGAGAUUUCCUCUUGGGCCGGUUUUAGCGCAUCUCCUGUCUCCCCCGGAUUGAGGAAAAGGAAGCCGCCAGUUAGAAAAUUUCCUGGGGUCAAGAUUUUCCUGGGGUAGAAGAUUUUACAGUUAUGCAACUUGGCCAUGCAUUGACGUGAGCCUUAGUUUAAAAUAAAUAAAUGGAAUCCAGCGGGGAAAAAACAGUGAGUUUGUUAAAAUGCAUUAUUUACAUUUUUGAGAAAAUUGAUCAAGGAUGAGAACCGAGCGUCGCUUCUAAUGUCCACUAGGGGGCACUGCAGCCAAGGCACACAGGGUGCGGGCCGCCCCCUCAUUUGACUGAAGCAGGGUCUUUUUAGGAGAAGAGCCAAAAGCGAAUUACAAAAGGAAAGCCACGCUGUUUUUCGGCGGAUCGGAUUAGGCGAACAGUGCAUGAGGCUGUCUUUGCUAAAAAUAAAACUGAUGCUAAUCGAUUUUUUCUGGCAGUAGCUGCAAAGUAGCUGACUCAGACACCCGAGGCGAUAGGGCUGAGAUCCCCACCCCCACCCCCGCAGGGACAGCUGAUGUCAGAGCGACUCCUGCGGAGGGAGGUCUCAGCGGGGACCAGGGACCCGCAGUGCUGGAGAGGUCAAGUGGUCAAGUGCCUCACUACCCCCAGCCCUCCCCCCUCGUGUGACCAAGCCCAUAGCAGGACAAGAAGAAGAAACUGAUGCUAUUGAAAAGCAACUAGUUCUCUGGGCUGGAGACGCCUGUGAGUUUGUGACGUGUGAGUUCGUGAUUUCAAACCCCAGUACCGCUAAAAAACAAACAAAAAAAAAAUAACUUAAAUUUUUAAAAAGUA